AACAAAUAUGGAGGAGAAAUGUCAAAUUGGUUUGAGGAAUUAUUAAAGUUAAAAUUCGAAGUAAAAAGACUUCUUAAUUUUUAAGAACUCAUCGUCACUUUGUUUAUUAUAACCUACAAACUUCAAACAUGUCUGAAGAAAUAGAUUUUAACAAAACAGUUAAAACCGAACUGAUUGAUGAUUAUCCCCAAGUGAAACAGGAAUUCGAUGAUUAUGAUACGUCAGAUUUGUAUAUGGAUGAUCAUAUAUGUCUGCAGCAAUUUCUUAAAUCUGAGGUUACAAUUGACGAGGAAAUAAAACAAGAGACGAUUUAUGAACAACAUGACGUGGCUAGUACAAACAAAACUGUAUUAGAUGAAAAUUCUUCCAUAUGUAACGAAGAUAUCAGUGAAUCAAGUAAGAUAGUCGAUAGUACAAACAAAACAUUUGAAAAAGUUUCAGGAAAGCGUAAGACAACUAGUAAGUUGAAAUAUAAAUGUAAAUCAUGCAGUAAAACAUUUGUAGCAAAACAAGGCUUACAACGACAUGAAAUGAUUCACACUGGGGAACGCCCUCAUGAGUGCGCAAUAUGCAAUAAAAAGUUCAAUAAAAAGUCAAACUUAAAUCAGCAUAAAUUGGUCCACACUGGAGAACAGCCUUAUGAGUGCAAAAUAUGCAAUAAAAGAUUUUUAAGGUUAACUGGUUUAAAAGAUCAUUUUUCAGUUCAUACUGAAGAACGUCCUUAUGUAUGCGAAAUAUGUAAUAAAAAAUUCAGAUUGAAACAAAACUUAAACAAACAUGAAAUGAUCCAUACUGGAGAACGGCCUUAUGAGUGCAAAAUAUGCAAUAAAAGAUUUUUAUGGUCAGGUAGUUUAAAAAAACAUUCAUCAGUGCAUACUGAAGAAAGACCUUAUCCAUGUGACAUAUGCUAUAAAACAUUCAAAACAGAACAAAAAUUAAUGCGGCAUGAAAGAAGACAUACUAGGAAACAAACUCUAAAAAAACAAUCCUUAUAAUUACACAACUUAUAUGAAUACAGGAUAUUAAUUCUAAUUUGUGCAUUAUAUUAUUCUGUUUGUUACUCAUAAUUAGUGUAUUGUAUGUAAUUGUUUAAUAAUAUAAAUACAUAGC